CUCCACUCUUAGGCCACCUAUACGUAGCCUUUGCUGUACUGCCGAUAACCUUACAAUUCUUUAUUAACUACUUGAAAAAGAUUCUCAGCACAUAUUUUGCCUCUCUCAUUCAUCUCCAACAGCGUUCUCUUUCACCGCCCUCGAUCCAACACUUUUCGUUAACUUCUCCAGAACGAUCCAGUACUCAAACAGAGUCCUGUCCCCGUACUAACAAUGUCGGGCCAAGAUUACUCCUCCAUUGAAAAGAAGAAUAGAUUAGAAAUCUAUUCCGACGAUGCUGCUUCUGAUCCCUUCAUCGCCCUCGCCCAAGAAGAAGAAUCCCAUGAGAUUAAGUACCGAACAUUAAGUUGGCAGAAAGCUGCUGUACUCCUUUUCGGCGAGUAUGUCUGUUUGGCCAUCCUCGCCCUUGCCUGGAGUUGGAGUGUUCUUGGAUGGGUAUGUGGCGCGCUCAUCACUUUCGGCUUGGGUCUUGUUACUUGGUACACAAGUUAUGUGCUUUGGCAAUUUUGUAUGAAACAUCCUGAGGCUCGAGACAUCUGUGAUAUUGCUGCGAUUUUGUUCCCUCGAGUUCCUAGAGUGGCUUUCGAAGCUACUGGGAUUAUGCUCUUACUUAACAACAUCUUCAUUGUCGGCUUCCACGUUUUCACCGGAGCAAAGAUCUUUAAUACACUCAGUGACAAUGGUGCUUGCACAGUCGUCUUCCAAGCUGUUACUGCUAUCAUUGGUAUUCUUUGCUCUCUCCCUCGAACCCUCAAUCAUGUCUCCCUCUUGUCCAUCAUUUCCGCCAUUGCCAUGUUCAUCGCUAUCGUCAUGUCCUUGACUUACGCCGCUAUUGAAGAUGCACCUUUGGACGCCACCGGACCUGUCGUUACUUCGAUCGGUUUACCCGACGGCGGUCCAGGUUUCGUUGACGGUCUCAACGCCGUCAUGAACAUCACUUUCCUUUGGAUCGGUCAGAUUCUCUACCCUUCUUUCAUCGCUGAGAUGAAGCGACCCCAAGAUUUCCCCAAGGCCCUCGCUACAUUGACCAUUGCCGAGCUCAUCCUUUUCACCGUAACUGCUGCUGUCGGCUAUUAUUACUGCGGCCAGUAUUCUACAGCCCCUAUCAUCGGAUCUCUUUCUGAACCUUGGGCCAGGAAAUCUGCUUUCGCGCUCGUGCUUGUCCCUACCGUCAUCAUCGGCUCACUCUACGCCAACAUUGCGGCCAAAUUUGUCUUCAAGCGUGUUUUGGGCAAGACCACCCACAUGCACUCUCACAGUAUUAUUGGGUGGAGUACCUGGAUCGGAAUCGACAUCCUCAUCUGGGGUAUUGGCUUCAUUCUCGGAAAUGUCAUUCCAAGUAUGGGUUCUUUCCUUAGCAUCAUGUCUUCCGCGUUUGAUUCUUUCUUUGGCUUCAUCUUCUGGGCAGUCGCGUUUUGGCAUAUCAACGAGGGUCGUCUUUUUGCCAAUGCCAAGAUGACAACACUCACUGUUAUUAACAUCAUCAUCUUCUUCCUUGGAUUGUUUAUACUCGGUCCUGGAUUGUACGCUAGUGUUCAGGAAAUUGUCUACGAAUAUGCUGAGGCCGUUCGAUCACCUUUCUCUUGUGCUUCAAAUGCUUAAGUGUUUAGUUAGCUUUCUUUUCCAUAGGUUCAGUGCUCCGCAUGUUUCACUAUUUCCAUCUUCGCUGUAUUUUUUUGAACCAAAUACAAUAAUUCAUACAUGGUCGUUUUCUUUUGGGAAUGUAUUGAUUUCGGC